UCAUGACCGGUCAUCAAAUGCAACAUCAGCUCAAUUGGUGAGAAAAUAUGUGGUUGGGGGCAGCUAUCAUCAGGACAACAUGUUCAUACCAGCUCUUACAAGCACAUAUAUCAGUGAUCAUUGUGCUGCAUACGAGUACCAGUGGAUGGCUGUGAGAUGCAUUGCCAUGAUUUCCACCGUUGCUUCUCAGGUGGCUGCUUUAAGACUUGGUUGCACAGCCCCAAUGGAGUCAUGGCAACAGCUGUUAGGGCUUGGCAAGAAUACCGUGGAAUUUAAGAGGCAACAGCAAGGGAACAAGGUUGUUAUCAGCGACUGUACAACCAGAGUGGAUCUGGCAUCAAACUAUCUUCCCAAUAUGACAAGGGGAGAUGAGAUAGCCUGCCGUGUGAUUGAGCCACUGGUUCAGCUUGUUGCGGCAGCUCAGAGGGAUGGAUGUGGUUUGAGCUUCAUAAAAAAGCAGAUUAUCAGGGAAGGGCUUGCAUGCCUACGUGCGACAAUCACAGCAUCCCAUCCAGCUAUCUGGCAGCCCUUAUGGAUUUCUGCUCAGGCGAUCCAUUGGCUGGCACGGCUGGCGGUGCAUGAUCGGGAGGCUGCAGUUAGGGCAGGUGCGAUAGCUGUUUUUGCUUUGCUAGCUGAUCCACGCGCAUCACUCACAAGGCGCAUGUUGGCUGACCGAUGGCCAGAAGGAGCAGGGGAGAUAGCCCAGCGAGCUCUCGAUUCAAAGGAAUGCUAUGCAGCCCGGCAAGAAGCUUUGCGAUUUAUCACAGCAGCCGCACUCUUGUCCUCAGCAUCCGCAGAUGGCACUUGCAUAGUGGAUGCAAACAAAUUCGACAAGAGUAAGACCUGCCUUGCUGUUCAGUGCCCUGGUGCUUUGCGUGAACCAUUGCUUGUAGAUGAGUUCGGAAUCGGACGUGCUUUAGAACACCUUCAGUUCUGGCCCUCAAUCCCCUCACUUUUAAGUCAAACCAGAGCCACUUCAGGUUUCCUGAGAGCGCUGAUGAAUCUACUUGUCAGAGCUGCGAUGGCAGAUGCAGAAGCCCUAGAUGAAAUGAUUCUUUCUGGCCCCACCACAUGGCGUGUUCUGCUGCAGCUACUUCUUGUUCAAGAGUCAGUGGGAGCUCGCAAGAACUUGCCUUCACCCUCAUUUUUAAGUGGCGCUAGUCUAUGUUUGAAACAAGGAUGUCAAGAAGAAGAGGUCAACCAAUGGGCAUCUGCUGAUGCCUAUUCCAUGCUUGCUAACAUUGCCGAGCUGAUGGAGAUUGUGAUGCAUUUGCGCCCUCACCGCCAACAGUUCUUUGUUCAGCAGACAGAUGCAGUCGAGAGACUUAUGUCCACUUUCUGCACACUUGUGGAAAUUGAGAAACAGUCUGUGUGCAUGACAUCAGCAUCUGAUACACGUGUAUGGUGCAGUAACACAGGCACGACAGAUGUUCAUGAAAGACAGGAAAGCUUGCAAGCUGCGGGCAGUGAGAAGGCUUCAACUCUUUGUGAAGUAUGUGCUGAGCUGAAACACAAGGAGAGGCAAGGGUGCACUUUGCAGGCCACAAAGACCCAGGUUCAUUCAGAAAGAGAGGGGCAUGCAUCGGACGAUGAUGGACAAUUGAUUGCUACUGCAACAGCGCCAUGCGACAAGCAGGAGUUGCUUGAGGGGCGCUUCAGUUCGCAGUAUGAACACACGGCUCAUGAACUACAGCAGCUGUCAAAGCCAUCGGAAAUACUUGCACAUCAAGAAAGAAUGAAUGCAGUAGAGAAAGUUGCACACGUGCUAAACACACUAGUGCUUCAUGGUUUGUCCCAGCAGCAUGAGGAACCCAUAAAUCCUUUGCUUGAUACACCAGCAGUGGAUGAAGAUUCAGAACAUAGACACCCUGAUGAAGACCGCAAGCAGCCAUAUGGGCAAACAACUGUUUGUUUACCAGAAUGGCCACCAUCACAAAAAAGGAUAGUUGAUAAAUUUCAGCAUUUGAAUGCCAGCAGAUUGCACUGCUGGAACCAAAGAGGCAAAUUUCAGGGUGGUGUGGUUAACAAAGCUCGGAAGAGUAGCCGCCAUGUGUGUGCAGUUGCAUCCUGGUUAUUAUUAGAGAGCAUGAAGCAAGAGGACACACCCAGCACAUCAUCUCUCACCAAGGACAGAACAAUUGCGGGAUUGCAGUUUGAAAUGCAUCAGAGGUUGUUGGAAGAAAAAGUCACAGAAUAUAGUUCACAGAAGCAGUUGAUGAUCACUUUGGCUAAGCUUCUGGGAACACUACUAAGCUGCCGUCAAGUCCAAAGUAGAUCCUUCUUGUGUGGCGGAUUUUCUGCUGAACUGAGACAACUUCAAGAUAAAUCACUGGGGUCACAUUGGCUAGAGAAUAACCCCCAGAAGAAGCUGGAAGAACAAGUGUGUUGUGAUUUACAGAAGAAACAGCAAGAAAACGAAGUUGAUACCCAGAUUUUGACUAGUUUCAGCUUGAUCCUACAAGGAUCAUCUUCUGUUAUCACUGAUAACAGAGUCAGUACCGGAACGACAAGGAUACCCCGGAGUAGCCAAUGUGGGGGCCCGCGGUCCGGAAUGACCUUUAGGCCCCCUACAGCGCAAGGGAGAAUGGCGCAAGCACCGCGAACCAGGGGCCAGAGCAAGGGAAGUGCAAACCAAGAACCCCCUCGAAGAGAGCCAGAGCCGGAACGAAGGAAAGAGGUUGUGGAGGCAGAGGAGGACGACGAUGAAGAUGAGCAAGACGAUAGGCUGCACCAAGAGGAGGAUCGAAGGGCGGAGCAGAGGGCCAAGAAGAGGGGAGCCCAAGAGGAAGUUGAGCCGGUUCUGCGCGAUGCGGCGCCAAAGAAAAAGAAGUAUGCGGUCCGGUUGGAGGACAGGUUCGACGUGGAGAAAGUGAUUGACAGGUUGCUUAAGGGUCAUAAUGACCUUAUGACCCUGAAGGAGAUCCUGGCGUCUGCUCCUAAGCUCCGUGAUGGACUAAAGGGAAGGCUUUUGCGGCGUCUGGUGCCAAGUGUCCAUCUAAGCGUGAUUCUGCCGAAUGGGCGGAAACUGGGACAAAGAUGAACUGGAAGUGUGUGGCCUGUGGGAUGGUGGAUUUGGUAGUAAAAGGGUCGAAGUGCA